ACUUAGCCGUGACGCAAUGCCGUGUGUUUAGUUGAGUAAAUGCGCAUAUUGCUGGGUUAUUACCUAUUGAUGAUAUAUUUAUGGAAAAAGAAAUAGUACCAAAUUUAAUUGGUUAUAUGAAAUAAGUAUACUUCUCAGCUUCUAGCUCUUAUAAAAUAGUGAUUUUUUUCAAGUUAUUCGUCAUUGCGUAGCGCCGUAGCCUAACGUAACGUAGGUAAAUAGCUUAAUAGGCGGUUCGUUUUUAUACUAUCGAACUAUCGAUUGCUUUUAAUUUGACGAAAUGACAUCUGAGUUGAACUCUAAAAAACCUGUUCGAGUUUGGUCUUGUGAUAGAAAAUUGAGGUAUGGCAUUGUUGCUGACAGUUGGAAGCAGCUUCAAGAGAAAAUUGACCUGAAAUUUUCUCUAGGUGGUAAGAAUUUCUCAGUUGUGUUAGAAGAAGAUGGCACUCUAGUGGACGAGACUUUCUGGGAGGCAGUAGAGGCUCAGAAGCGCCUGAUGGUUGUCCAAGAACAUGAGUGCUGGGUGCCGGCACCAGUGCCAAUCCCUAACUUCUUGAGUGGCAUGCAAGACUUGCCAAUUGACUCUUCAGACACUACUGAUGCUGCUCCUGCUGUGGCUCAUCAUACUAUACACAUGUUCAUUGAACUACAAAACAAUCCUGCCGCAUUAGCUCUCUUGAAUCUUGAUAAUCUUGAGCUCAUCAAAGAUAUUGAUCUUGAUGAGAUACUCAACAGUGAAGGUUCUUAUGGUUUGGACAAAGAAUUUUGUAAGAAGAUCCAAGACAUGUCAAUUGAGCUUUAUGUUAAGCGCAGGACUGAAUCACAAGCUAUGGAGUACAUCGAACUGCUCAAAGAAUUUCAAGUGUCUGUCUCUAAGCCAUGACGUUCACAAUUCAUUGUUUUGGAUUUCUGCUCAGUUGGUUGAACAACUUUGGACUCUGGAUUGCCUUACAUGCUCAUUUUUAUGAAAGUGUUGGCUUGUCUUUUAUAUAUAAGAGGACUGAAAAUUUGAAACUAUGUAUUUGAUGUGUUUGU